AUGUACUUGAUUUCUUUCAGGUUGGCUAUAGCAUCGACUUGGGGAUAUUUAAACUCAUUUGGCAGCUUUCAAACUUAUUACGAAACUUCGAUGCCCGACUUGGCCCCAUCUACCAUCUCCUGGAUUGGCUCCCUGCAGAUCUGGUUCACCAUGGUCGGCGGCAUCUUCACAGGACGUCUGCUGGACGCUGGGUAUUUUGUUCCUACCUUUUUUGUCGGUGCGGUCCUUCAGGUGCUGGGCUUAUUCCUCAUAAGCAUCUGCACGAAAUACUGGCAGCUUAUGCUGACGCAGGGCAUCCUCACCGGCGUGGGAGGCGGCAUUUUCUUCACACCGGCCUUGGCACUGGUGGCAACUUACUUUGAAAAGAGACGCGGACUCGCCAUGGGACUCGUCACUACUGGAAACUCGGCUGGUGGCAUGAUCUAUCCUAUCGUUGUCAGACAGCUGCUUCCCAAACUCGGAUUCGCCUGGACGACAAGAGUGCUCGGAUUCAUCAACCUCGGCGCCCUCACAGUCUGUGUGGCUCUCAUGCGCCCACGUCUGCCACCCAGAAAAUCAGGCCCCAUGAUCGACUGGUCGGCUUUCCGAGACCCGGUUUGGAACACGUUUAUCGCGGGCUGGUGGCUGAUCAUGUGGGCAAACUACUACACAUUCUACUACAUCGCCUCCUAUGGGGCUGAUGUCCUCGGCCUAUCCUACUCUUCGGCCUCCAUCCUCAUUAUCGUUGUGAACGGCGCAGGCCUCCCCUUCCGGGUUCUUGUGCCCUUGUUCUCCGACCGCUUCGGUCCUCUCAAUGUCUUACUCCCCGUCACCUCCAUCUGGGCCAUUAUUGCCUUUUGCUGGCUGGCUGUAUCCAGCGUACCGGGCUAUUACGUCUGGACCGCUUUUUACGGCGCCGUCUCCGCUUCCUUCCAGUGCCUUCUCCCCACCACGGUGGCGAGCAUCACACCUCGGCUGGACAAGGUGGGCACGAGGAUGGGGAUUGCAUUCUUUCUCGUUGCGUUCUCUUCAAUGACAGGCCCCCCAGUCGGGGGCGCACUGCAGACGGCGGAUGGAGGUGGUUAUACCGGGGCGCAGGCCUGGGCGGCGAGUGUGACACUAGUUGGGUGUUUUUUGUGUUUUGUUGCUCGAUGGUAUAGGGCUGGAGGGUUUGAUCCUAAAUUCAAGUGUUGA